UGGUGUCUGUGUGCCACGCCCACAUGCUGAAGCCUGUAUAUUAGUCUCAUGGGGGAGGGGGGCUUGGUAUAGCAAAUUAUUUACAAGCGGUUCCCUUGCUGAUUCACCUAUCCCAAGAUGCAUCGAGAAAUUGAGGCGGCAGUCACCUUCCUUGUGAAGAUUCUGAACCUGAAGAGGCGCGUGAAGCCUGAGAAGCUGGUGGUUUUGGCAGAGAACAUGGCGCAUCUCCUACAUAAGAAAUACCAAGGCCACUGGUACCCAGACAAGCCUGAGCGUGGACAGGCUUAUAGGUGUAUCCGCAUCAAUUCCUGGCAGUAUGUGGAUGAGUCCCUGCUUCUGGCCUGUGCAAUGAGCGGCAUAGAGUACUCAAGACUUCCUCUGCCGGACGAGAUGACCAUCUGGAUUGACCCAUUUGAAGUCUGUGGCAGGUUUGCGGAGCACACUGACUUCUUCACAAUUGCUUCCUUCAAAAAUGAAGUGGCGGUCAAAGAAGCCAAGAGAAAGCAUUCAGAGCAGACGUCUGAUUAUUCCUCAGAGGGACCAUCCUCGGGGUCUGUUUCUGAGAACUCGUCUGAUGAUGAGACGGCUGUGGAGAAGGCGACGGUCUCAAAGAACAUGAGUAAUGGCACAAUAGCCAUGGACAACACAGCUAUACCUUGCCAUGGAACUCUCAUCCCAAACACUGGGUCUCUACUCAACAUUGUAUGAAUGUCUCCUCCACUAAGGAAUGAAGGACAUGGGCAAAGACGCCUGGGUUUUAUAGGCCUCCUACAUAGACUGCACAUAAAACAAAUGGCUCAGAACAGACUAUGCUGGUACUGGAACCAAACUGGCACACAUAGUGGUGGAAUCAAGCCGUCUCAUGGUGAUACAGUGCCAGUGUUCUCUAUGGGGCUUCUCUCAGCUGUGCAACUGAGUGACCCAAAUGGCACUUUAGGAAUCUUAAUUUUUUUUUUUACUUCAUUUUAUUUAUCCUUUUUUACCCCUAUAUACACCUUGCUAAGGUUUGUGUUCCCUUUGAAACCAAGAUGAACUUGGUCAGUCAUUCACGGUUGGCUUAUAUCUAAAUUGUUGCACUUUAUCUGAGGGAAAUGUCUAACAGGAAUCUAUCCUGAGUAAGGUUUCUGUUGCCUGCAGUGGUUAAAUAUGAAUGUGUAACUUGUGUCUGCAGAAUGUUGUGGGUUUUUUUAUAUACAAAAUAGAUGGUAUGUUCUACUUUGACCACUAGAGGGUGCUCUAUAAAGUCUGCGGAAAGUUCACUAGACUAAAUCAUGAGACUCGCCAUAUGUCAAAACCCAGAUCAGCAUUCUGUACACACAAACUAAAUCUUCGUUUUACUGUUAGUGAAUGGAAACUGCCAAGUUCUCAGUGAUAGGGGAUUUUUUAAUCACUAUUUUAUAUGGAGUACUUGUGUUUUAGCUAUCUGGGCAUGUAGCCAUUGAAUGUAAUAGAAAGUGCAUGCUUUAUUGUAAACCCUCCAGGGGCCACUUAUAUCCCAGCGUCCUCUGCUUCAGGAACAGGCACUUUCUAGACUGGAGGGUUAAAUGCACAACAUGCCUGAGACUACUUUUUAAUUUAGGAAUUUUUUUUUUUAUAAAUGAGAGAAAUUCUAGAACAGUUAACCUGUAUUCUGCCCGACUAAUGGUUGCCUUUAAUAGACUUCAGGCCUUAAUGGUAGUCUUGACAGAUGCUCCCACUAUUGAAUGUAAAUAGCUUUUCUGAAAUGUAAAGACUUCCGGAUUUGGAACCGGUGUCUGGAUUCCAUUUAAACUGUUAACAAACCAGGAGCCUAUAAAUUUCCCUGAAGGUUCUAGGCUGCCAAAGGGGGUUUUCUCUGUAUAAUCUAUCCUGCUUCACAUAAGGGGGUAGGUGUAAAUAUUUUUGGGAGGAUGUAGGGCCAUUACCUAUGCACUUAGUAUCUAUACUGAGCUUUUAUCAGGGUCUCUGAUGGUAGUGAAAUGGCCAAUGUUACCCUUCAAAGCAAAAGUAGCCAAUUGAGGUAUGGGUUGCACUUUUUGGCUAACAAAUCGGGAUGAGUUCUGGGGUUGGGCCAACUCUUUAGGUUUGGGUUGUGUAUAUCGAGCACUAAAGGGAAAUGUAUCUUCCCACUGCCCUUUCCUUAAAUAGGCUUCAUUUCUAUAAUACAAAAUAACUGGUGUUUAUUGUAUAAACCACUAUCCGGUAAGCCCAGUUGAGGCUGAGCUCUAACGGGAAAGGGUAAGUGUUCAUAUUUCUGUAUAAGGGAGUUUGUUCUAGAAUUAAACUUGUAUUUACACUGCGGGUGCCGUUGUACCGUUGGCUUGGCACAAUUACUGGCUGUAUCAGCUCCAAUGGCUUUAAGCAAACUGUUGGCACCUGUACAUUGGAUUAAAUCUUUAAACCAAA